AUGGGAAUAUCAUCCAAGCCUUGGCCAGGUCUCAACUUGACCGCGGACAAAAAGGUGGACCAAGCUUUUGGGAGCCUGGUUAAAUGGAAGGUUGGAUCGGGAGACAAAACCUUGUUUUGGAAAGAUCGACGACUACAGGGUGCAACCAUCAUAGAUAUCGCCCCUUUGGUUGUGGCGACGGUUCGUACGGAAGUUGCCAAUAGGAGACUGCCUACCAGAUGCUAUGUGAGGGAGGAGUUAGAUUCCACUCUUUUGGGGCCAUCUGGAAAUGCCAGGCACCACUUGCAUGUAAGAUAUUCAUGUGGCUUGCAGUGCAAUACCGACUGUGGACGUCGGAUAGAAGGACUAGACAUGGUUUGCAAGACCAAACGUCAAAAUGCUACUUAUGUGACCAGGAGGAGGACACAGUUGACCACAUUUUGCAGCAAUGUGUGUUUUUGUGGCAAGUGUGGUACCGUUUGCAUUGAUAGGAUGGGUAUGAGGAUGGAGCUGUGCCCAACAAAUGACUCACGGGCUACCCCGCCGCAGCAGGACGUCAUGUUCCCACAGCCGAAUGCCUUUGGACCACUGCGGCCUCCUCAGCCUCCGCCAUGGCAGUGGCAGUGGCAGCAGCAGCAGCAGCACCACCACCACCACCCGCACCAGCAGCUCCCUUUCCAGCCUGAGGCGGCGGCACUGGCGGCGGCCAGUUCCUUUUGGCAGCGUGACAAUGUGCGGGAGCAUUUGAAGAAGCUGCAAGAGACCGUCGCGAUUUCAAGCGCUCUGAUAAACGAGCUAGAGGAGAUUGCACUUGUGAGGAAUUCAUCGGAUGCUAGUGCACAAGAACCAGAUUCGUCUGCAGUAGCAUCGUCUUCAGGGUCUGGCGUCUCUUCUCCAGGCAGGCCUUGCCAUUUUUCAGAGCUUGCAAGUGAAAUCAAGAUUAGCCAAGACACUCAUGAAUCUCUGGCGACAGAUGCGGCCAAUUAUCUCUGUUCUCAACUUCAGCACCUCCUGGCACCUAUUUCUUCCGCUAUUAACCAAGACGGUCCCUGGGCAGAAAAAUCGGCAAUGGUUUCGUUAGCUCAGAAGCUGCAGAAGUCCAAGAGAAAUAAGCGAUGGAGGAAGAGGAAGAGAAAGCAUGUAGCAGAGCUUUUCCAGAAGGAAAGUGCAGAAUUUGACAGAGUUGAUCAGGAAGCUGAUGAAUGGAGGGCUAGGCAAAUAGCUAAUGACAUUGCAAAACGCAAGGUGGAAAGCAUGAAGCAGAUUGCCAAGAAGAAAGCAAAUGAGGAAAGAAAACGUCUAGAAUCUGAGAUUUGUCAUUUUCUGCCAGAAGAGGAUGAUAAAUAUCUUGAGCGUGUCAAGGCUGCAGUUGAGGAAGAGGAGCGCCAAGCUGCAACUGCUGCCCGAACUGAUGCUGCGAAGGAUGCUAUUCUCACCGCUGAGGAAUCAAGGAAGGCUGCCCAUAAUACAACUGCUCAAGAAGAUGGCCUUGGACAACCUAAAAGUGGGUCGGCGCCAGAGCAGAACCAAGGAGAUGCAAGCAUAAGUGAGAGAAGUGAUCAUGCAAGUCAAAAGACAGAACAUGAUGAUCAAAAGGUCGAGAUAAAAGGUCCUGUGCAUUCCGAAUCUCUGACCAAUCUGCCUUUUGAGUUCUACCACUAUUAUCAUGGAAGUAGCUAUGACCUGGGGACACUCAUUGAGGUACGCAGAAUGUGGGAUUCUUUUAUCAGACCUGGAGGAAGCCGUAUACCUGGCCACUGGGUUCAGCCACCCCCUCCAGCUAAUGAUGUAUGGGCAUCAUAUUUGGUGCAGCCCAAGCAUAGAAGAUACAUUCCUGAAGAACUGUCCAUUCAGUUCAUUCCAAAGCUCCCACGAAGCAAGCAAGAGAAAUGUGUGAGCAAGACCAAGGAGCUCCGCCACUCCAACACUCGAUUGAAGUUUUGCCAAUGGUUUAUUUCAGUGUCAAUAAGACGUAGCCACGCUUUGAUGUCCUUCCAAACGCGCCUAGAAAAUCUGCACUUGAGUAGAAGAUGCACGGCAGUCUCCAGCUCUUUCUUGCAGAAUUGA